AUCGAAGAUGCUAUGCUGAUGUUCGACAAGCAAACUAACAGGCAUAGAGGCUUUGGAUUUGUCACGUUUCAAAGCGAGGAUGUCGUCGACAAAGUCUGCGAGAUCCAUUUCCACGAAAUUAACAACAAAAUGGUCGAAUGCAAGAAGGCACAGCCAAAGGAAGUGAUGCUUCCAGCGAAUCUGGCGAAGACGCGAGCGGCCAGCAGAGGCGCAUACGAUUUUAUGUGGUCUCUGGGAGCAUUACCUGAUGGUUUCCCAGCGGCAGCGUACGCGGCAUACGCGGCGGGCCGCGGCUAUUCUGGGUACCCUAGUUUCGGAUUACCCUACCCGACAGGAGUGCCGGCGGUGUACUACCACGGAACAGGAAGUGAGAAUGCAGGCCGCGCGUAUACAGAGGCGCCGAUGCAACACGUCCAACGCAAUGCACUCCGAAAGAAAUUGGAUCUAACCAAUGGACAACUCACCCCAAACAACAACACGCCCUUACUUACACAAGCACUUUCUGUGAUGAACAACUACCAGGCGGCCGCAGCGCAGGCCGGGUUCCCACCGGCGUCGCCGCACGCGGCCGGAGGGCUCCAGGCCGCAGCUAGCCCGCAGCCCCCCACGACCGCGUUCCCCGCGAUCGCCGUAUCCCGUGCCCCGCUCAACUACAGUCCCGGUCCUCUAAUACCAGCGGCGUUCACUAAUGGCUACCAUUGAGCCUUGUUAAGACCUAAUAACAGGAUGGACGAGACGGCAGAACGCAGCACGGUCGCCUGAUAUAAUAAGCAACACGGACGAUUUGAGGCAGCUAAACAGUGGACGAUCUCUGGACGAAAAAAAUAACACGCCUACUGUAUAGAUACAAAGAUAUAAAUAAUGAUCAAAAGUUGCAAUAUAUUAAAAAACGGAUAAUGUCGAACAGAAGGCAACUAUUAAAUAAGAUCCAAUCGAUGCAACUUCGAAAUCCGGAUUGUAAAUAACCGGAUGUAAUAUUACGCGAAUAUGCAAUAAUGCAUUAAGAAAGAAUUUAGAGCAUUAGUCGAAUCCAGUUGGAUGCAACUAUAGAUAGAGAGAAGAAAAUUAAUCCUGUUGAUGAGUAACGGAAAAAAAACUGACGCGCAACGGGGAAGACGUCCAGAGUAGGCCAGAGGAAAAAGACGAGAAAAGCGACAGGAAGACCGACCGUCAGA